CAGAGGAGGCAAGGCAGACACAGCAUCUUUGGAGCACGUGAUCCUGGUGUUCCUUGGAGCAGACUUCUUGCCUGAGACGACGCCCCGUCAGAUCCAGAUAAGGGCAUCACAAUGAAGAUUGCCGUGCUGUGCUUGUGUCUUUUCACCAUCGCCUUUGCGAUACCAAUUAAAAAAACGAAAUUCCACGAUGGUGCAGGGAGUUCAGAAGACAACCAUGAUUCCAGGGGUCAUCAUGUUCACAAACACCGCCACCACCACCACCACAGCCAUUCCCAGAGCCAGGAACAUAGCCCUGAGCAUGUGAACAGCCAUGAGUCACAAGAACAUCAGUUACCCUCUCAUCAGAGCUCUGAUUCAGAUGAAAGCGAAGAGAUCACUGAGCAACAAACCCUUCUGGUACAUCCUGAUAAAAGUGCGGAAGAUGACCACAGUGAUGUGGAUGACCACGAUGAUGUAGAUGAUCAUGACGAUGUGGAUGAUGACAGCCACGGUGAGGCGGAUGACUCCGAUGAGUCCCACGAAUCAGACGAUUCCCAUCAAGUGGUCACUGAGGUUCCCACUGACAGACCUUUCACUCCAUCUGCCGCCCCUGGCCCAUUUACAGGCAGAGGUGACAUUCCUUAUGGAAUACAGCAUGGGCAACUGAAGUUUUUGAGAAAGUCCAAAAAGUCCUCCGAACAGUUCGAUUCUCAUGACACUACACAGGAAGAUGACAGUUUACCAGAUGUAGACAGCCACGAAACCCAUUCUUCCAAAGCCGUUUCUCAUGAAAGUCAAGAUACCAGCACAGAAAGUGAGGACAAAAGUAACCUGCAAGACAGCAAUGAGGUCCACAGUGCAUCCCACGAUAAGAGUGUAGAGAAUGACAGCCGACAGAAACUUGACAGUGUCGAGGAAGACCAUGACAACAGCAAAGCUGACAUCUCCCAGGAGAGUGACGGGAUUGACCACAUCACUGAGCUACUGAAGGCCCGCAGGGGGGAACCCCAAGAGGCAGACCAUGACCAUGAUGUAGACAAUGAUCAUCACAGUGUUGAGGACAAUGAGAUUGAAUACUAAGUGAAAACCAACGCAGGGUCCAAAGAAACACACUUAUCUCAGAGAAUCCCUCCUGGAUUUUUGCAUGAGUGGGCGCAUAUAGGAUUGGAACCCAAAUCCAUCUCUUCUUUUUUUUAAAAACUUUUGCUGCAUUAGAAAGAAGGGCAAUACAAUUCUUACUUGAAUAUCUGCUCCCAGUUAUAUACAAAUCAGAAGUCUGAUUGCAAGCAGUAGCAGUUGCUGACAGUGGGCAUUGCUACCCAGGCAGAUAAUGCACCUUAAUCCUAUGCAUGUUUCCUUGGAAUUAAUUCCUGCCACACUAAAUGGGGCUUAUAGCCAAGUAAAAAUGUUUAGGGUGGCAUCUUAAGGGUUCAGUACCAGCAGUUCCGACCAUUAGUAAAUCGUAAGCCCUUCUUGUUGCAUAGUCUUCUGCUCAAUCACCUGGUGGUUUGUUCUAAAGGAAAGAGAGGAGACGAUAAUGACGGGGGGAUCUAGUUUUUCACUCAGACUGAAUGUUAUGUCUUACGAUACUGUACUUCUAAGGGGUUUGAUGUUGCAAUGUAUAUUUUUGUUGAUAAUGGUGAGUUAAAUAAAAAGACAAAAACCUUA